AUGGCGUACGUGCUGUCUGAAUGCGGAGCUGUCAUGUUCUAUGUAACCAAUCAUUCCAGUGACGUGCUCGUGGAGCCUUUGAUUUUUCUAACAAAAACAUCCUCGAAUAUUCAUGUGUUUACCUACCUGGGCAUGGACCUCACUCACUACAAGUACAUGGAUGGCAUCUGCAUCUUCAAAUGCUUCCUCAAUGAGAACACGGAAUGCUGCCGUGUGGGUCAGGAGUCCUUUCUGAUCACUCUGGGGUCCAGCACCGUUUGGCUGAAGUUUGCGUCUCAAGCUGAAUUCAGUGCAUUUUCAAAUACCUUGAAAAGAUGCCAGAAUCAGAAAAAGACGUGUUCUGUGUUCAGCCAGCGGACAGAAGAAGCAUCCGCAGCACAAUACUUCCAGUUUUAUGGCUUCAUUUACCAGCAGCAGAACAUGAUGCAAGAUUUUGUGAGGACAGCCACUUACCACAGAGCCAUCCUCCAGAACCACAGUGACUUCAGAGACAAGGUUGUUCUUGAUGUGGGGUGUGGAUCAGGAAUCCUGUCAUUUUUCGCUGCACAGGCUGGAGCUAAGAGAGUCUAUGCGGUUGAGGCCAGCUCGGCAGCACAACACGCACAGAUGCUAGUGAGGAAUAACCAGCUCUCACACAAGAUCAUUGUUCUGUCAGGAAAAAUUGAAGAAAUCUCACUUCCCGAGGAAGUAGAUGUGAUCAUUUCUGAACCGAUGGGAUACAUGCUGUUCAAUGAAAGGAUGCUGGAGAGCUAUCUUCAUUCCAAAAAAUGGUUAAAAUCGGAUGGAAAGAUGUUUCCGACAUUCGCUGACAUCCACUUGGCUCCCUUUUCUGACGAACAGCUCUACGCGGAACACUACUCCAGAGCCAACUUUUGGUACCAAAAAUGCUUCUACGGGAUCAACCUGUCCAGUCUCCAGGGUGCAGCAGUGGACGAAUACUUCAGACAACCUAUAAUAGAUACGUUUGAUGUUAAGAUUUUGAUGGCUUCGACAGUCAAAUAUACAGUCAACUUCCUUAAUGCAAAAGAGGAAGAUCUACAUCGAAUAGAAAUCCCCUUUAAAUUUCAAAUUCUGCAGUGUGGCCUCAUCCACGGCCUAGCCUUCUGGUUCGAUGUAGCCUUUAUUGGAUCCCGAAUGACGGUUUGGCUGUCCACAGCUCCAACGGAGCCCUUGACACACUGGCAUCAGGUGCGCUGCCUUCUUCAGACUCCUCUCUUUGCCAAGGAAGGGGAGACUCUCUCGGGGAGAGUGCUGCUCGUCGCCAACAGAAGGCAGAGCUAUGACAUUCAGAUUGUGGCACUGGUGAACCAGACAGGCUUGAAGUCUGAAAAUGUCCUUGAUUUAAAGAACCCAUUCUUGAGGAUCAACAAAAAUAAAGUGGACAAGUGUGCUUCGUCAAAACUAAGAUCAGAUCGUCUAAGAAAGAUGUUUCCCGAGCCGAAGAAUACCAGUGACACCCCAGGUAGAAUUAUUUGGAAAAAGGAGAGUCAGUACCCAUCAUUGUCUUUUGCCUAUCAAGCUGAAUUGCACAGGAUCUCCACAGAAAUUGUGGAAGAAUUCAGCAUCAUUAAUGUGACGGUGGUGGAUGCCUAG